AUUCCGUGCUAGUGUUUAGUACUUCUCGCGAGUUGUACUCGAUCAGUUGGUUUUUGUUGAAGAUAAAUAAUUUUUUAUUUUUUUUUCUCGUUAAAAUGGCAAAUUUGAGGCAAACUCCUUUAACUUGCAGUGGCCACACUCGUCCGGUAGUACAUCUAGAUUUCAGUGAAGUUACGGACAGCGGAUACUACCUAAUUUCGGCUUGUAAAGAUGGCAAACCCAUGUUACGUCAAGGUGACACGGGCGACUGGAUUGGCACGUUCGAGGGCCACAAGGGGGCCGUAUGGGGCGUAGCCCUGAACGCUGACGCUACCAGGGCGGCCAGCGGAGCGGCAGACUUUACGGGCAAAGUUUGGGACGCCAUCUCUGGUGAGGUAUUGCAUUCAUUCCAGCACAACCACAUCGUCAAGAGCGUGGACUUCUCCAGAGAUUCUGGAAUGAUGGUUACCGGAAGCAACGAGAAACUUGUCAGGAUAUUCGAUCUCAACAAACCGGAAGCUAGUCCAGAAGUUUUCAGCGGACAUACAUCAGGAAUAAGGCACGUUCUCUUUUUCCGAGACGACACUCAUUUAGUUUCUUGUGCGGACGAUAAAACGUUGAGAGUUUGGGACAGGUCAACGGGAAAGGAAGUGCAAAAAGUCGACUUCAGCUCGAGCCCCAACAGCAUGGAGAUAUCGAAAGACGGCUCAGUCCUGACGGUGGCCUACUCCAAUCGCGUCGCCUUCCUGGAAGCCCAAACCUUGACGAAAAUCCGCGAAUUCUCAGUCCCCUCGACCGUCAGUUCGGCGUCGCUCCACCCCGACAAGAGCAUCUUCGUCGCUGGCGGAGAAGACCUGAAAGUCUACAAAUUCGAUUACACGACGGGCACGGAAAUCGAGUCGUUCAAGGGCCACUUCGGCCCUGUGCACUGCAUCAAGUUUUCGCCGGACGGUGAGCUGUACGCUUCCGGUUCCGAGGACGGCACUUUGAGGUUAUGGCAGACGACGGUCGGCAAGACUUACGGCCUGUGGAAAUGCGUGGAGGGGCAGACGAACGUCGAGCCCCUUAUGCCCCCCAAGGAGGUCCAGGCUAACUGAAGGGCGAGACGGGGCGGGAGAGUUACUUGUUCAUAACGGCUAUGAAAUUAUUGCGGAAAGGAGUUGGCGAACGUGAACGUUUCUUUGCUACUUUUUCACAGGACGACGUUGACCUGUUUUGAGAGCUUUUCAUGCUGACUAGUUGCAAACAGGUUAAUAAAAAAAAUAUUUGAGUUUUUUUUUUCGCUGCGCCUCAAGUGAGUACUGCAAAUGUUAACGGCGGAAUUUUUUUGGGGAAUUAGGGUAAUUUUUUUAAAACAUUCAAUAUUCAGUGUAUGUGCGGACAUUUUAAAAUAGAAGUUUAUUUGAAAUAUGACUAAUUUAUGUGCCUAUAUUUUAAGAUACAUUCACAAUUCACAGUAAAAUUUUUGGAGGAAAUCGGGGUUGUUCAAUAAUUUUUUGGGGACUGUCCACAAUUUGAAAAAAAUGAAAAUUAUAAUGAAGAACUUUAUACAGGUUUAGCAAAUUUCUAGUUCACCCCUUAUUGAGAAAAUAAAAAAACACAUGAGAUAUCUAA